AUGGUGGAUGUGACCAAGUGGCCCAUUUUCAGCCUGAUGGCGCCCGAGGAGCUCUCCUCCAUAAGGAAGGCCUGUGUGUUUGGUUUAUCUGCAAAUGAAGCCAUUUACAUCACCAAUGAUGACGAGGUGUAUGUGUUUGGGCUGAACUGCAGUAACUGCCUCGGAACGGGGGACAGCCAGAGCACCAUCAUGCCCAAGAAGCUGGACGUCCUGAGCGGCAGGAAGGUAGUGAGUCUGAGCUACGGUAGUGGACCCCACGUCCUGCUGGCCACAGAGGAUGGAGAGCUAUUCGCCUGGGGGCAUAACGGCUACAGCCAACUUGGAAAUGGGACGACCAAUCAGGGCGUGGCUCCAGUGAUCGUGUCUGCCAACCUGCUCACUAAGAAGGUCACAGAUGUGGCCUGUGGCUCUCACCACUCCCUGGCUCUGACUGACUCUGGAGAGGUGUACGCGUGGGGCUACAACAACUGUGGUCAGGUGGGCUCUGGCUCCACAGCCAACCAGCCCACACCUCGCCGAGUGUCCAACUGCCUGCAGAACAAGGUGGCUGUCGGUGUCGUCUGUGGCCAGACCUCCUCUCUGGCCUUGGUGGACAACGGAGAGGUGUACGGUUGGGGUUACAAUGGGAACGGACAGCUGGGACUGGGAAACAACGGGAACCAGCUCACACCCUGUCGACUUGUAGCUCUGCAAGGAGUUUGCGUGCAGCAGAUCGUCUCGGGCUACGCCCACUCUCUGGCACUGACAGACGAGGGGUUGCUUUACGCCUGGGGUGCCAACACUUACGGACAGUUGGGCACCGGUAACAAGAGCAACCAGCUGAGCCCGGUUCAGAUCAUGGCUGAGAAAGAGAGAAUCGUAGAAGUCGCUGCCUGUCACUCCACACACACAACAGCUGCCAAGACCCAGAGUGGUCAGGUGUACAUGUGGGGCCAUUGCAGGGGCCAGUGCAUCGUGAUGCCUCACCUCACACACUUCACCUGCACAGACGAUGUGUUCGGGUGCUUCGCCACGCCCUCAGUCAUGUGGCGACUUCUUUCCAUGGGUAAGAGAGGCUGUGACUGCCUCCCAGUAAUGUUUGAGCGCGACGACUUCUUGACUGUGGCUCAGUCUCUGAAGCGGGAGUUUGACAACCCCGAGACUGCGGACCUGAAGUUCUGUGUUGAUGGCAAAUACAUCUAUGUCCACAAAGCAGUCCUCAAGAUCCGGUGUGACCACUUCAGAUCAAUGUUCCAGGCUCACUGGAACGAAGACAUGAAGGAGGUGAUUGAAAUCGAGCAGUUCUCCUAUCCGGUCUACCGCUCCUUCCUCGAGUUCCUCUACACAGAUGAUGUGGAGCUGCCGCCUGAAGAUGCUAUCGGGCUGCUGGAUCUGGCCACGUCGUACUGUGAGAACCGGCUGAAGCGUCUGUGUCAACACCUCAUCAAGAGGGGAAUCAUGGUGGAGAACGCCUUCUCCCUACUGUCCGCCGCGGUGCGCUACGACGCCGAGGACUUGGAGGAGUUCUGCUUCAAGUUCUGUGUGAACCACCUGACCCAGGUGACUCAGACUGCUGCCUUCUGGCAGACUGACGGCAAUCUGCUCAAAGAUUUCAUAUGUCGAGCUAGUCGCUGUGGAGCCUUCAAAAACUAAACUAAAGCUCGCUCAGAUGCUGCAGGACUAUAAAUCCAUCACGGCCUCUCGUCAGCAGCUGAAACAUU